AUGGGACAAGCCCUGAAAACGACGGCGCUCUUCAUCCUGCAUCAAUGGCUCCUGAUCGGGAUCGGGGUCGUCUGCGUGCUGGCGUACUACUUCCCGAACGUCGCGAAGAACGGGGGCAUCAUCCGGUCCGAGUAUAGCGUGCUGUACGGGGCGAUGGCGCUCAUCUUCCUGAUCUCGGGGCUCAGCGUGCCGCGCGAGAAGCUGUUUCGGCAUCUGCUCAACUGGCGGCUGCACGUGCUGGUGCAGGGGUUCUCGUUCGUGGUCAUCCCGGCGCUGAUGCUGGCGGUCGUGCACAUUAUCUUAGUCGGUGAUCCGCACCAGCACAUCGACCGCGCCGUGCUGGCCGGCUACGUCUUCCUGGCCUGCAUCCCCACGACCAUCGCCUCGAACGUGGUGAUGACGCGCUCCGCCGGCGGCGACGACGCCGCCGCUCUGGUGGAGGUCAUCAUCGCCAACUUCCUGGGCCCCUUCGUCACUGCCGGCUGGACCAUCGCCCUCCUGCCCGCCGACCCGGCCUUCGACCCCUGGCGUGGCGCCGCCGCCGGCACCGGCGACCUCUCCGACAUGUACCGUGACGUCUUCAAGCAGCUCGGCCUCGCCGUGCUCCUCCCGCUCGUCGUCGGCCAGCUCGUGCGCUGGACCUGGCCCGACCGCACCGCCUGGGUCCUGCUCACCUUCAAGCUGCCCAAGCUGAGCACCGCCUGUCUGCUGUUGCUGAUCUGGUCAACAUUCAGCUCCUGCUUCGCAACCGGCGCCCUCCAGACCCUCUCCGUCCAAACCAUCAUCUUCGUCACCCUGUUCAACAUCGCCCUCUACAUCUUCAUGACAGCGGCCUGUUUCGUCCUCUCCCGGCCUCCCGCGUUUCUGGCGCGUGUGGUGAUCCCCAUCCCCGUGCCCGGCUUCCUUUCCCGGUUCACGGCAGCGGGGAGGAGGAAUCCCGGGGAAGACGACCCAAAACGGAGGAAGGUGGAAUUCCGGCCGUUUCGGCCCAUGGACCCCAAGGAAGCCAUCGCCGUGUGUUUCUGUGCUCCCGCCAAGAGUAAUGCGCUGGGCAUUCCGUUGCUGUAUGCCAUGUGGGGGUCGUUGGAGCUGUAUCUGAAGGCGAAGACCUCCGUGCCGGUGUUGUUGUUUACCACGGAGCAGAUCUGUGUGGCGCAUUUCUUUGUGCAUUGGUUUAAGAAGUGGAGGGUGCGGGUGGAAGGCAUUCAAAUGGGGGAUGGGGAUGCGGAGGUUAUUCAUACAAUAGAAUGA